CCAUUACCCAGACCAGGAGAUGCCACUGAGAGGGGACGAAGCUGAGAGUCAUACAGUUCAGUUAAAAUCAGGACAAAACCCACAAAUGGCAGCUGUUGGACAACCUCUCCCACCAGGCAGUAACAUGACAAACACCUCACUGCUGCCAAUUCACCGGUUUCUGGCAGGUCAGCCGAAAGCACUAGGGGUCGUCCAGAUCAUGAUCGGAUUGGUAACGCUUCUAUUCGGGAUUGUGUUGCUGUGUGACUAUGCCCCAGUUUCUGUUAUUAGUGGAAAUGUUUUUUGGGCCUCAAUAGCUUACAUCGCCACUGGCUCUCUGUCUGUUGCGGCAGAAAACAAACUUCAUCCCUGCAUGGUACGGGCAUCGCUGGGCAUGAAUGUGGUCAGUGCUGUAUUUUCAGCAGUAGGCAUUGCUGUACUGAUAACGGACCUUUUCUUAAUGUAUUACUGCAACUAUUCCUAUUACGACUACUGCUACAUGUUUCAGUUACGGUCCAAAGCGAUCAGUGGAGUGCUGCUGGUUUUCGCGAUUCUUCAGUUCAUCAUCUCCAUCUUCAUCUCAGUGUUCGCCUGUCGGUCUGAACCCAUGAUGCCGAUUGCUGCGUAUUCCAAUCAGGCUGCCACUGUCAACUCACAGGUGCCUGUCACAUUUGUCAACCAGGCAGUCAAUCCUAACCCACAGAGCGUGUUGUACAUCCCACAAGCCCAGAUGAACAUGAACCACCCGAUUUCACAAAACAUGUGUUUUGCUUACAAGACUGUUUCUUCCUUCUUUCUCAGUAUGAAGAUGAAUUUACAUUCUUCCUCUGAGCAAUCUGAACCUCAGGACACAGUUUAGAUCAAAAACGUUUGACUGUCAUUUUGUUGAUGGGCAUUAAAGGUUAAAUGAGUGCGUGGUAAACAUUUCCUUGAGCGUGAGCAUUCGGGACACACCCACUGAUAUCUGAUUUCUGCGAUGUCUCUCAGUUUCAUUUCUGCAAUAAAGUGAUGUGAAAACAUGAGACUCCAGAAUUCGGGGAGCAAAAUGUUCUCUUCUUGUGAUUUUUUUUUUCUUUUGCAAAGACAUGCAUAAAAACAUAACAACCAGCUUAAAAAAUCUUGAAUAAAUGUUCUGUUUAUGUACUG